CAAUGACCACCUGGUUGCCACUGGAAUCGAACCCAGACGUUCUCAACAAAUACCUGGAAAAGCUGGGCGUUUCGCCGCUGUGGAACAUCGUGGACAUUUACAGCAUGGACGAUGACGCGCUGGCCUUUGUCCCGAGCCCGCUGAAGUCGCUGAUUUUCCUGUUUCCCUGUUCCGAUGUGUACGAAGAGUUCCGCGCCAAGGAGGACGCCGAGCUGAAGGCAAAGAACAUCGAACACCCGAAGGACCUGUUCUAUCUGAGGCAGUACGUGCACAAUGCUUGCGGAACCAUCGCCCUGGUCCACGCCGUUCUCAACAAUCCGGACAUCGAACUGACCGAGGGUUCCGUCAUGAAGAAGUAUCUGGAUGGCGCCCGCGAUCUCAGCCCGGAGGAGCGUGGCAAGCUGCUGGAGAAUGACGCCGGGUUCACCGAGACGCACGAAUCGGUGGCCAACGAGGGUCAAACGGCCGCGCCGGACAUUAACGAGAAGGUGUACCACCACUUUGUGGCCUUUGUUCACCACGGCGGAAAGCUGUACGAGCUGGACGGGCGCAAGAACUUCCGCCCUGACCAGAUUGUUCCUAAGAACUCCAACGAACGAAAGCUGCUCCUCUCUAUCAUCAUUUCCAGCAGCUGGAUGCCUCUAUUGCUGCAAAGCAAAGCCCAACUGCUUCCAGUUGUUUUCUCUUCCUGCUUCUUCCUGGCUCAGGAGGAGUGUGUCAAGAUGAUAGGGUUCGGCGACUGUGUGAUCCUUCUACCGGAAACUCGUUAA